AUGUCUAGAAAGAAAAAAGACGAAAAUGAUGUGCUAACGACGCGUAACUCAGAUCAUACAGGUGCAAUUAUAUGUACUACUAUUUUUAAUGGUGGAAAUUAUAUUGGCUGGAGUAGUGGUAUGCGAUUAGCGCUAGAAGCAAAAUCAAAGUUAGUGUAUAUUGAUGGAUCUUUAGUUGUACCAAAAGAAUCAAAAGUGUUUGAUAAAUGGCGAAAGAUGGAUUGUUUAGUCUGUUCUUGGAUUCUGAACACUGUGUCAGAUGAGAUUAAAUCAAACUAUUCUUCCACAACCACAGCGUUGGACUUAUGGCUUGAUAUCAAAGAACGAUAUCAAGAAAACAACGGUCCACAAGCUUAUCAGAUCCAAAAGGCCAUUAGUAACUUGAGACAGGAACCUCUACCAGCAUGCGAUUGUGACCCAAGAACUGUUUGCUGCUACAGAAUGACGAAAUUGGUGGUCCAAGUUGAUACAUCAAACAAGCUGACACAAUUCUUAAUGGGAUUGAACAAAUAUUUUGAUAACGCAAGGCAACAGAUUCUCCUCAUGGACCCAAAACCAAGCUUAAAUCGUGCUUAUGCCAUGUUGCUUAGCAUUGAAAGACAAAAGGAAGUGCAGACUUUAAUGAAUGAACAAACAGAUAAUUUUGCAAUGUCUAUGAAGGAGAAUUUUGAUCAGCAAAGAAGUCAGAAUAAUACUCGAAACAAUAGAGGAAAAUGA